AUCUGAGUGGAUAAUUGUCUGCGACGAUUCCUAUUCCUGGGCCCUAGGCCCUGUCUAUACAUUGCCUCUAGCUCUGCCUGGCUCUUCAGGGAUUUCCAAUCGGGCAAAUAUUGCUUGUUCAGGACCACUGAACUGCGCAGGAAGUGAACUCUGGAAAGAAAAAUCGCAUGCAGAUCGAUAUUCCAUUUGCUAGAAUUGUUCAGUUUCGUGUGUUGGUAUGGCUGAUGUAAAGAAAGUAGCCGAGCCGGCUCAACUGCCGCAGAAGAAGUACUAUCGGCAGAGAGCACAUGUGAAUCCAAUUGCUGAUCAUAUCUUCGACUAUCCUGUACAGCCAUCAGAGAUGGAUUGGUCAUCCUUGUACCCUGAGGUAUUCGACAGUAAAAGUAGCUGUGCUGAGGCGGUAGGUGAUGAUAAUCAAGCAGCUGCUAGCGGCGAUGAUCAGCAGGCAGUUGAACCGUCAGCAAAGAAACCCUGCCUGCCUGAAUCCGCGGCUAUUUCACGUCAAGUCGAGUUUGCAGAUGUGGGCUGCGGGUACGGUGGACUGCUGGUCGAACUCGCUCAGCUGUUUCCGACGACGCUGAUGCUCGGAAUGGAGAUCCGUGUCAAAGUUGCUGACUUUGUGAACGACCGCAUCAUCGCUCUGCGCAAGCAGCACGAGGCAACGCGCGGCUAUCAGAACAGUGCUGUGCUCCGGCACAACGCCAUGAAGUACUUGCCCAACUUCUUCGUGAAAGGACAGCUUUCCAAGAUGUUCUUCCUGUUUCCCGACCCGCACUUCAAGAAGUGCAAGCACAAGUGGAGGAUUAUCAGCCCGACUCUUCUCGCCGAGUAUGCGUACGUCUUGCGCGAAGGCGGCAUCGUUUACACCGUGACAGAUGUGCUGGACCUGCAUGAGUGGAUGGCAAAGUGUUUAGAUGAGCAUGCGCUGUUCAAGCGCUUGACCGACGAAGAGCUAGCUGAUGAUCCUAUCGUGCCGGUGCUCUUCAACAGCUCCGAAGAAGGCAAGAAAGUGUCUCGCAACUCUGGCGACAAGCACUUGGCUGUCUAUCGGCGCAUUGCAGAUCCGUAUGAAUCAUGACGCGUAUGUUGGCAAGGAUUUGGAAUUCCAACGGCUGCAAAGACCCUACUGAAUGCUGGGAGAACAGACCCUGUUUUCCCGGUGGAAUGCGCUCUGUAUGGAUCUCUGUUUCUUUAACACCAGCAACUUUGCUACAGCACUGACGGCGGGUGCGAUUAUGCAAUGUUGCCAAUGUGCGAAGGCUUGGAGCUAUGUCAGUGAACAUCAUUACAGUACCAAACUGGCGUCGUUGACAACUCGCCGACACUCUGGAUGGAUUUGUGUGGCGGUGAUUACCUGUGGCUAUGGUCAGCACACUAUAAUGAUACCACAAUGGCACCACUGCCAUACUGACCAUUAGCUGCCUACUCAGUUGGAACUUGGAAGACCCUUACAUCGUGGUGGCCGUGUACAUGCUACGGUUUCAUGUGCAUACCCCCUACUUACGUCGUCAGCCACUCUGACUUGAGUGUGCUGGUAUUGCUUCGAGUCUUCAGACUGCCAUUGGCUUGUACAGCGAGAUGUGCUUUGAAGUAGGAUCGUAACAAAUGUUAUAAAUUUACCCAUCUUGAGUACAGUUCGUACUGUUCUCUUCAGGUCAGUGUGCAACAAACAAUAUACUACAUAGUCAUCUGAACUGCUGGACUGGUCUUCCACUAUUUUUCAGAUGUGUUUGAACAUGCUACAGCCUUCAAAUGCAGCCAGUUUUCAGUACUCGAUGUGCCCACUGCACCACAACAGUCAAGUAGUUGAUGCAGUGGAAUGAAGUAAAUAGUGUGUAUCAUUGGA